AUGCCCAGUAUCCACCCAGCAAUAGACAACGGCAUCAAAAAGGGCAACCCCAACUUCCCUGGCGGCAAACUCUACUGCCACUGUCCGUCGGAUAAAGUUGAAGUCACGCUCUCGAGCAACGUCGCGCACAACCACGCAUGCGGCUGCUCGAAAUGCUGGAAACCAAAGGGCGCCCUCUUCUCUGUCAUCGGCGUCGUGCCUAAAGAAAAUGUCUCCGUCACCGCCAACGGCCAUAAACUGCACAUUAUCGACGAAUCAGCCGCCAUCCAGCGCAACGCAUGCAAGGAGUGCGGCGUCCACCUCUUCGGCCGCAUUGUGGUCGACCAUCCAUUCAAGGGCCUCGACUUUGUGCACACGGAGCUGAGCAACACGAACGGCUGGCAGGAACCGCAGUUUGCGGCGUUUGUAAGCAGUAUCAUUGAGCAAGGGUUCAAUCCGGCGCAGAUGGAUGCUGUGAGGGAGAAGUUUAGGAGCGUAGGGCUGCAGUCGUAUGAUGUGCUGAGUCCGCAAUUGAUGGACCUGAUUGCUACGUAUACGGCGCAGAAGAAUGGGAAGUUGCCGGCCAAGUUGUAG